AUUACAUACAGGUUGACAUCAUAGACCAUGCAUAGAAAAGGGUCUGCAUUGUAUUUGUCAUAUUGCUCUUAAUUAAUGGCUUUCGAGUGUUUCCGUUUCAUUGCAGUGUAGUUUAAAUUUAGACUUUUUAAAUGUCACCGCGCAUGCGUAAUUGAUUUUCGCCAUAUCGAAAAACAAAUCCAAAACUUCAGCUUAUUAUCCACGUUUCAUACCAGAAUGCGGUGAUAUUUGAUAUAAAUAUGAUUUGGUAAUUUUAACAUUGACAAUGAAGCUGUAUUUUGGAUUACUUCUGGCCGUCCACGUCGCUCUUGCAGUCGACGAAUUGGACGAAGCUGAAUACAAAAAAAUUCUCGGUUCAGAAGUUUGGAAGGAAAUCAAAAAAAGCCUAUUCGACACGUCAAAAAAAGAUGCACUGAGUGAUGAUUAUGAUUUCUACAACACAAAUAUGAACAGAAACAAAGACCCUUCAUGUAAUCGUCUGUAUAAAUCAGAUGAGGGGUUUAUCAUCAGGACACAUGAAUCCAUCGCGAAUGGUGCAAUUUUUAUAGAAUCUCCUGGAGCAAAGACUCAAGGAGACUGCCUCAGUGAGUGUUGUAAGCAGAGUGAAUGUAACCUUGCUGUGUUCGAGGAUAAGAGCAAACGUAGCUGCUACCUAUUUGAUUGCAAAGUGCCAUCUUUAUGCACAUUUACAAAUCACACUGGCUACAUCAGUAUGCACUUAAAUAAGGAAUCCAUUCAGAAAGCCGUUGUCGCUGAGAAUGCUCUUCAGGGAUUGGUUGAUAAUUCACCAUUGACUCCUCC